GGGGGAAUGCUAGUGGCCCUAAGGAUAUCAGGCCGAUACGCGAGAAACAAUAUCAAUUAGAGUCUAUAAAAAUAAUAGCCGAAUAUUUAAACGAAGCCGAGUAUAAGUACAUAGUCGAUGAAAGGUUAUUUCAAAUGCCCACGGCAAAAGAAUACCACGCAAUUUUCAAAUUUGUAUUUCAGAGGCUCGAUCCCGGGAAAGACAUAACAAAAAUAGAGGAAAUUGUAAAUGUCUUAAGAUGGAUAAAGUGUGUAUUUGAGACUAGUCAAAAGUCUUUUGGUAUCCAUAUGCACAUGAAAUCUCGAAAUCUUCUUUACAAGCUGUCGGGAACGUGCAAACAUGGCCAAACCUUCUUGACCUGGGAAAUCAUUGAUCAAUUAGAAAAAGAGGCAGAGGGAGAACCGGCACCAUUUAAUCCCGAUACAGCAUUUUUUUCUUACAUCACCAAAGCUUACAAUGUGUUUCUGGAGGGCGAGGAUGAUUAUUCGGAGAUGGCGGAAGAGCUAGAUGCUGCAUAUGAACAAAGUAACGCGGAGAUAGUCGCUCAAACUGCCGAUUUACAAAAGAAUGUCGACGCGCUUGAAAAGGAAUUGAAUGAAAUGUGCGAG